UGCAGAAGACUAAGUAUAGAAUUUGCAAACACGAACACUUGGAAAACCUCAAGUGUCAGCCUAGGAUCUUUACUGGAAUGGUAGACUAGUAAGACAGCGGAAGUCUUGUAAAAGUGAACCUGAGUAUAUGUUUCUGCAGAAGUUAAGAACCAAGUUCGAAGCCAACCUUCCGAGCACCAUACUAGCUCAGCCCUACCUAGCUAGCCAAUAUGAAGAAACAAAUCGAGUACCUAAUCGAGAAGGGACUCAUCUAACCAUCCAAAUCGCCGUACGGAAGCCGGUACUCUUCACACUGAAACCGGACGGAAGCCUGCGCAUGUGCAUCGACUACAGAGCUCUCAACAAUUAGACCAUAGAAUAUACAUAUAUAUGUAUA